AUGUUUGGCAGCUCUGGGUCGCCGCCAAAGGAUGGUGGUCCGGAACCCGUUGCGCAAGACGCCGUAGAUUCGAAUUCGACAGAGACUCCCACCGCAUCGAAACCUGCUGAGGAGGGCGGAAGCGGAGAGAAGCGCAGCGGAAAUGGAAGCCCUCCUGGCAGAGCGACCAACGACAAUGGAAAUUCCGGCGAGAAGAAGCGGAGGAGUAGUGGUGUUGGUGCAAAGGCAAGCUCGCUGCUUGCGAACGCGAAGAACUCUCUACACUUCAGCCAGAGCCCGAAUUCAUCAGGAUUCAUGCGCAGUCAGGAGCAGAACACGCAGACACCGUUGCAGAAGCUUGGUAAGCAGGAUCCGGCGUUGAGUGUCCCCCAAGGUCAACACAACAACUCGGCCGGCGAAUCACUGCCAGGACCGCGGUCUACGUUUACUGUGGGUGUUUGGGAGGACAAGAACAAGAAAUGCCGUCGGACUAUGGAAGAUACACAUGCUUUCCUGUACAACUUCUUACAUACCCCCGCCCCCGCAUUGGGAUCCGAGACGCCGAGCACGAAAUCGAAGUCGACCGAGGAGCUCACGCCGGAUGAGUCUACUCCUAGUCUUGCACCUACUGCUUCGUCCUCCGAGAUGAUGGAAACAGACAAUGGAUAUUUCGCUAUCUUCGAUGGUCACGCCGGUACAUUUGCUGCAGACUGGUGUGGUAAGAAGCUUCAUAUCAUCUUAGAAGAAACGAUACGAAAGAACCCGAAUACCCCUAUUCCCGAACUCCUCGAUCAGACCUUCACUACCGUCGAUGCACAGUUAGAAAAGCUGCCCCUCAAGAAUUCCGGUUGUACGGCCGUCACAGCAGUCCUACGCUGGGAAGACAGGAUACCUAACGCCCAAUCUGCAACUGGAUCGACCGCAAUUGCACCAGCUACAGCUGCGGCAGUAAAAGCUGCAGAUGAAGCUGCGAAAGCCGAGGAGAAGUCUGGAGACAGUGGCGUAGACAUGAGCAAGACGCCCUCGCAGCAAAAUCCAGCUGCAAGUGCUACCUCUCUUGCAACAACGACAAGUGAAGCAACACAUGCCAGACUCAGGACAACUGCAUCACGCCAACGCGUUCUCUACACUGCAAACGUUGGAGAUGCCCGCAUCGUGCUAUGUAGAAACGGCAAGGCAUUAAGGUUAUCCUACGACCACAAAGGUAGUGACGAGAAUGAAGGCAAGCGUGUUGCGAAUGCCGGAGGCCUGAUCCUGAACAACCGCGUCAAUGGCGUCUUAGCCGUGACCCGUGCGUUAGGAGAUGCAUAUAUGAAAGACCUAGUGACCGGCCACCCAUACACCACAGAAACAGUCAUCCAACCUGAUCUUGAUGAGUUUAUCAUUCUUGCUUGCGAUGGGUUAUGGGACGUCUGCUCCGACCAAGAAGCCGUCGACCUCAUCCGACACCAACAAGACCCCAUCGCCGCUGCUAAAUCACUCGUCGACCACGCCCUCGCUCGCUUCAGCACUGACAACCUCUCCUGCAUGAUCGUGCGCUUCAACAAAUCCGCGCUCCAAACCGCAACCAAGGAGCCCUCCUCCGCUAUUGGCGUCGAAGGCGAUCCGACCUGCGUGCCCGGCAAGAUCUCAGAGGUCGACAAGAUCGUCGGCGAUGCAAAGCGGAAGGUUGCUGAGGAUGGGGUUCAUGCAGUGGGCGUGUCAGGGAGUAAUAGCGGAAAGGGCCACGAUCCGAAGCUGGUGCUGGCGGAGGAGAGGGAGAGGGUUAGUAUGGAGAAGGUGGUUGAGGAGGAGCCGGGUCUUGUUGAAGGCGAGGAGGCCAACGAGAUUGAUCUGAAGGGCGCAGAGGCCGCGAGUCCGGAGACGAGGAUGAAGCUGCAGUUGCCGGAGGGGCCGGCGAAAUAA